AUGUUGGCUUGGAAUCGCUUACUUAACCAAUCUGGUCCCGCUGAAUUUGUUUUCCGGGUCUUCACCACGGUCCCUGAAUUCCAGGUGCUCCUCUUCCUCCUCUUCCUCCUCCUCUACUUGAUGAUCCUUUGUGGCAACACUGCCAUCAUCUGCGUGGUGUGCACGCACAGCUCUCUCCGCACACCCAUGUACUUCUUCCUGGCCAACCUGUCAUUCCUGGAAAUCUGCUACACCUCGGUCGUGGUACCCUUGAUGCUCUCCAACAUCUUCGGGACGCAGAAGCCCAUCCCAUUGGCUGGUUGCGGGGCUCAGAUGUUCUUCUUCGUGACCCUCGGCAGCACCGACUGCUUCCUCUUGGCGGUCAUGGCCUACAAUCGCUACGCGGCCAUCUGCCACCCGCUGCACUACGGCCUCCUCAUGACCCGCAGACGGUGCGUGCAGAUGGUGGCGGGCUCCGUGGGCCUGGCCGUCUUCCUCUCCCUGCAGCUCACGGCCUUAAUCUUCACCCUGCCCUUCUGCGGGCACCUGCGGGAAAUCCACCACUUCCUCUGCGACGUGCCCCCGGUCCUGCGCCUGGCCUGCGCCGACACGCGCGUGCACCAGGCGGUGCUCUACGUGGUGGGCAUCCUGGUGCUCACCGUGCCCUUCCUGCUCAUCUGCGUGUCCUACGGGUUCAUCGGCGCCGCCAUCCUGCGGAUGCGCUCCGCGCGGGGCCGCCAGCGGGCCUUCUCCACCUGCUCCUCGCACCUCACCGUGGUCUUGCUGCAGUACGGCUGCUGCAGCCUGGUCUACCUGCGGCCGCGCUCCAGCACCUCCGAGGACCAGGACCGCCGGAUCGCCCUGGUCUACACCUUUGUCACCCCCUUGCUCAACCCCGUGAUUUACACCCUCAGGAACAAGGAUGUCAAAGGCGCUCUGAGGGGUGCCAUCUUCAGUAAAGGGGCCUCGGUCUAG